UUGACGUGGCUCARUAAGUCAAAUAUUCCGUUUCUCUCUUCAUUCUUCCGUGACUUCAAAGUUUUGUAGGAAUUUUAGUAGCUUUUUUACGCGUUGAUUCACAAUGGCGACUGUACUCCACAAUGCCAACGAAGCAAGCAAAAAGUAUCCUAAAAUCGAUAUGAAAUACAGCUACGGGACGGCCGGUUUUCGAGGUCGCGCCGAGACUUUARAAGCAGUGAUGUUCCGAAUGGGAAUGUUAGCUUCAUUAAGAUCGCGUGCCAUGGAUGGAAAAGCUAUCGGUGUAGUCAUCACAGCCUCGCAUAAUCCAGUCUAUGAUAACGGAGUUAAGCUKGUBGAUCCAAUGGGAGAAAUGCUGAACGCCUCUUGGGARAAGUUUGCGACUUCUCUUGCAAAUGCAGAAGCUGUGGCCCCAGUUUUGAAGGAGAUYAUUGCUGCGAAUGACAUUGAUAUGGUCAAACCUGCCAAGGUUUUUAUCGCUAGAGAUACGAGACCUAGUGGUUUGAUGUUCACACGGGCGCUAAUGGAUGGUAUACAGGCGUUAGGUGGAAUUUAUCAUGAUUUUGGUGUACUGACCACACCCCAGCUGCAUUACAUGGUACGAUGUCAUAAUACAAAAGGGAAAUAUGGUGAGGCAACAGAGCAAGGAUAUUAUAAGAAACUAUCCAAGGCUUAUCUGCAUGUGCAAUCUCUGACAAGCAAUGCCAAGCCAAAAGAAAUCAAACUWGAUGGUGCGAAUGGAGUUGGAGGACCAAAAGUUAAGGAAUUAUCAAGCCABAUGAAAGGGCAGCUACCAAUAGUGGUUUUUAAUGAUGAUGUUGUYGAGAAACUGAAUGAGAAUUGUGGUGCYGAUUAUGUCAAGGUUGGGCAAUGUGAGCCAAAAGGGAUGACAAUCAGUCCUGGUGACAAGUGCAUCACAUUUGAUGGUGAUGCUGAUAGAGUGAUGUAUUUCUUUUUGGAUGAAGAAAAAAWAUUCCAUCUCUUGGAUGGUGACAGAAUAGCUACUCUCAUUGCUGGAUACCUGAAAGAAUUGGUUGACAAAACMGGUGUGGCUCUYRACAGAGGACUUGGCAUGGUACAGACUGCUUAUGCUAAUGGUAGCUCUACRAAAUAUGCCCAAAAGGAGCUGAAAGUCCCUGUAGCAUUUGCAAAGACAGGUGUCAAGUAUGUCCACCACAGGGCUGAAMAGUUUGAUAUUGGYAUCUACUUUGAAGCUAAUGGACAUGGAACAGUGAUAUUUAGUGAUGAAGCAACACAUAAAAUAACAGAGGCUGCUAAGAGCACUGCAYCAGCAUCAGAAGAAAACAAAGCUGCAACMAUACUGGUUAGYAUGAUAGAUUUGAUUAAUCAAGCUGUUGGGGAUGCCAUGAGUGAUAUGCUUGUCGUCGAAGCAAUCCUCAACGCCAGGGGCUGGGAUCUCCAAAAGUGGUAUAGUUGCUACACAGACUUAGCAAGCAGACAACUGAAGGUCAAAGUUAAGGAUCGCACUGUUCUCAAGACUUCAGAAACUGAAACUGAAGCUCUGGAACCCAAAGGCCUUCAAGAGGAAAUCAACAAAGUGGUAGCCAAGUAUACCRAUGCUAGGUCAUUUGCGCGCCCUUCGGGUACUGAGGAUGUGGUCCGUGUCUAUGCCGAGGGUAAUUCCAGAGARGAAGCAGAUGCAUUGGCAUUAGAAGUUGCACAGCUYGUUUUUGAUUUAGCAGGGGGAAUYGGAGAAAGACCUCAGUGAACAUUUUGCAUUCAUACACUUUCAGUGAAAGCAGUGCAUAUUUUUGGUUGUUAGGGAAUAUGGAGGGGGGCUAACAUCCCUACAUCCAGCCCUCUCUAUAGUCUUUAGUUUUYUUUACCUUACAAUUAAGAAUAUCGAUGUUAAGGAACUUUUUUUGGAAUUUUUAAUCAAUAUUUUGUUUUUAUUUGCAAAUUUAUCAAAAUGAUCUUGUAGUUUGUGAUUACCAUUUUCUUUUAUUUUUUCUUGAUAAUGCAUAUUAAUCUCAAGUUUUUUUGUGCAAUUUUUUCCAUUUUCCUAUCAUGGACCUUCCUUAUUUUGCAGCCAUGUUGGGUGGAACAAUAGAUGUUAUCCCCCUCCCCAUAGCCUCACAUUCAAUCACUUUUGGAAUGACGUUACACAGGUUUAAACAAAGGAAAUUAUUAUUCUCAUGGGAAUGAACAUGUCAUCUUGUGAUUAAGGUUCAUAUAUCAAAUGUCUCAUCUCCAGUCCCUUGAUUGUUGGUAUAAGCUGGAAAAAUUGAAGAUACUGGGAACUAGAAUAUACAGUAUAUCCAUGGUUCAAUCUCAUACCCAGAGUCUAGUCCUCUAGUGCCUUCCUGCUUUGUCGUCAUUGACUGGUAAGACUCUUGUAUCCGGCCUGCUGACCAAAAAGCUGGAAGACUCUGGGCUUGAGAUUAACCAUGGUUAAGACAGAUGUUAUACAUCUUUAGUCUGUACUUUCUCAGAUUUUUACCAAUUUCUCUGUCAUGUGCAAUAAUGGCGGCACAGAAAAGCUUAGGUGUUGGUUGAGCCAUUGGGUCACUAUUGGGUAGCUAAUUUUUUUACCAAAAGCCUUAUUUUUGAACUCUGGUGACAAUUGAUUGGAAUAGAACUGAACUGUCGAAUGAUUCUUUUUAGCAGCAUUUUUCUAAGAAUAAARGAAAAUAGGGUUAAUAAUAAUGUCAAUAAAAAGAAGAUUAAUCUGGUGUAUUAUUAUGAUUGAAAAAUCGUGUUAUUUGUUCUCAAACAGUGGUCCUCCAGUGACUAACAACUAACGGACCAACCUUGAGUUUAUACUCAGUGGCAUGACUAAAUUGCAAUCGUACGUCACGCAAGACGUUUAUUCAAAAAGAAACAGCCUCGCGCUACUUGCAGCCCCGAAAAAAUUAGUUUUCACGAAAAACAACUGAUCAUGGGUAUUAUGCAUGAAUGACAUUAAAGGUGUUUUGUUUUGAGACCCA